AUGUUUAUAAAUCAUAUAAUAGCGUUAAUAUUUUGUUUUUUAACAACAUUUAUAAAAUCAUCACCAAUAACUUCACCAAUAGAAGGUUCAGAUUUUGAAAUUAUACCAGAACUAGAUUAUUUUGUUGAAACUCAAUUUGAUGAAUAUGAAAUCAAUAAUUAUUAUAGUUUAAUUGACAUAUUUAAUGGUGAUGAAGAAAUGAUAUACAAAAGAGCUAAUAAUACGGGAGGAUUACAAUUAGAUAAUGAUCAAUUGAGUCGUACAAUCAAUACCAUAUUACUAUCAGUUAAUUCUUCAGGAGUUAUAUGGUCAUUAUUAGAUGCUGUUGCAAAUUAUCCAAGUAGAAUAGAUUAUAUUGGGAACUUAACUUCAACUUUGUUAAAAGGAAGAAAUAUUACAAUUGAUGUUGGAGAAUUAUUAAGUGGUGAUACAACAAAUGCAGUUUGGGCUAGAAGUGUUAAUUUGACUGCUGCUUUAGAUGCAGUAGUUGCUUCAGGAUUAGUUGACUCAUUAUUAGAUGGAUUAUUAUUAGAUCAAGCUUUUAGACCAAGAUUAGUUGAUAUUGUUGAUAGAGUAGUUUGGUCACAAAGAGAUACAUUAUUAUAUAUUUUUGGAAGUCUUUUACAGAAAAGAGGAUUUUUAGAAGAAGAUGAAAUUGUUAAUAUCCUCAAGAGAGCAGACGUUGCAACUAAUGGUACUUUAAACACAUUUGUUACUAAUAUUAUUGCAACAGUUUUAGGAUCAGGAAUUUUUGGACAAGUUGCAGGCGAUUUAUUAAAUUCAUUAAAUGAUACAGGAAUUGCCGUAUAUGUAGUUAAAAGAUUUUUAUCUAACGAUGCUUAUUUAAAUAUGACUGCAAGAUUAGCUACAGAUUUAAUGUCAGCAGGAGCUAUACAUAUAUCAUUUGAAAGUCUUAAUAUUACAAAUGUUUUAAAUAAUGCAUUAAGUGAUCCAACUAAAAUAACAUUAAUUGUUGGAUCUUUACUAAGUGGUGAUUCAAGUUUAAUAACAAAUUAUUUCGGUAGAUACUCAGGUGCUAUACAAGAUAUCUUGGCAAGAUUAGAAAGUAAAGGAUUAUUUGCAGAAUUGAAUUCAUAUAUAUGGGGAAGUCCGAGUGCAACAACAUCAAUAACUUUAGCUCCAUCAGCUACUUCAAAUGCUAAUAGAAAUUCAGCAGCAACUACCACAGGUGGAAGUAGUACUGGUUCAGUAUCAGUUUCAACAAGAGUUGCUGAUGCGAAUUCAAAUCAGUCAAAAUCAAGUAGUGCUAACAAAAUAGACACAAAUUAUAAAAUUCAAGCAUUGGUGUUAAUUCCAACUGCAAUUUUAUCAAUGUUGCUCAUAAUUUAA